AUUUGGUUUUUUCGUGGGAAGAUGGAAGUUAUACUUUGUCGUGGAAAUGGUCGCUUGCAGUCUUCUGUGUUAUCGGCGGACAUUCAAUUACUAACUCAACAGCUCAAAGAUAGUAAAAACAAAUUUUUUUCACAUAUAAGUUAUAAGGAAUCUGCUCUUUACGUCGCGGCAUACUUCUGCGAGAAAGAAAUAAUUGAUUUACUCAUAAAAAAUGGUGCAGAUAUCAACAGUGCUACUAUCGAAGGUAAUACUCCGUUGCAUGCUGCUGCGUAUGUUGGAAAUGCUGAUAUAAUGAAGCAGUUGCUCGAGGCAGGAGCUGACGCGACGUUGAAAAAUGCAAAGGGAUUAACUGCAGAUGAUAUUUUAAGAGAGUCUUCACUCAAGGAGUUCGAAAGUCAUCAUGAACCGCUCGAAACUUCUAUUACGACUGAUCUACUUUUGUCAGGAGAUACUUCUUCCGAAACUCAGCAGAAAUUCGGCUCAAUUUUAGGACGGCUCACAUGUCGACAAGAUAAAAAGGAUACUUCCAAUAAAGCAAGGCGUUCGAAAACCGUAAGAACGAAAUUUGGUGUAAGUCAUCUGUAA